UAUGUACGCUUGGAACCCGUACUCGCCGUCGCAGCAGCAGUACGCUGCGGCUCUCUACACGGCUGCUGGCAACGCAACGUUGUCGGGUGCGGCGACCAACCCCGGCGGCUACCCGACGUACACUGCAGGCAUGGUGCCGGCCGGUGGAGCCAUGGCUCAAGCAGGCUACUACCAGUCGAUGCCUGGUGGAGGCAUUGCUCUGCCUGCUGGAUGGUUCGAAGCCAUGACCCGGACGAACAACGACCAGACCGCCAUCAAGGCCAAGGGCAAGGGUAAGGGCAAAAAGGCCAGCAAGAAGAAGUCGUCGUCGUCGUCGUCGUCGUCCAAGAAGAAGGUCAAGUCGCUGGCGGGUCGCGAGGAGCGUCGUGCUAGGCACGCAGCAGCGUCGUGGACUGCCUCCCGUCCUGGCCCGUUCUUUGGCUCGCUUGCUCCUGGCUCGUCGUACGGCAUGCCGGUGUGGAUGGGCGCGAGCACGGGCACGACCGCGGCGGGCUCGUUUGCGACGACGGCUGCUGCGACGUCCGCGCCGGCCGCCCACGCCAUUACCUCGGCCACUGCGGUGCUCGUUGGCGAAGGCGUGCGCGGCAAGGUGAUGAUGGAGCAGGCCUCGCCCGAUGCUGCGGUUGUGGUCCACGUCGUCAUCUCGGGCCUUUCUGCUGGUCUGCACGGCUUCCACGUCCACGCGUUUGGCGACCUCUCGCAAGGAUGCAAGUCUGCAGGCGGACACUUUAACCCCGAGGGCUGCACCCACGGUGGUCCGCUUGAUGCUGUCCGUCACGCCGGCGAUCUCGGUAACGUUCUGGCGUCUGCGUCGGGCAUGGUGGCGUGCACCUUUGCCGACAAGCACAUCUCGCUCUCGGGCCCGCGCUCGGUGGUGGGCCGGGCUGUGGUCGUCCAUGCCGAUCCGGACGACCUCGGCAAGGGCUCAGCGGCCGACUCAAAGACCACCGGCAACGCCGGAGCCCGUGUGGCGUGCGGUGUCAUUGGUAUCGGCGAUUUUGUCCUUCCCACUGCCCUCCCCGACCGCGACGCCGAGGUGGCUGACCACGAAGCCGACUUGAUGGCCGACCUUGAGCUUGGCGCGACCAUUUCUGCGUCCGCUUCACCCAGCAAGUCCUCCGGCGGUGUGCGCCCGCUGCGGAUCCAGACCUCGGACUCAUCGCUGUCGAGACCAUCGAGCAAGAAGAAGUCACGGCCGAUUUUUGUGGAGGACGACGACGAAGAGCACCGGUUCGACGAUAGCCGGGCCGGUGGAGCCUCGACGCCGUCGCGGGCGCCGCGUCCGCCUGAGGUUGCGCCGGUCUCGCCGUCUCAUGCCGAGCCACCGAUGCCGGUGGUGGCGUCGACGUCGGGCAUCGACUAUGCAGUCUACGAUGACGACCCUAGCUUUGGUGAGCGAGCUCCGCCGCUUGACUCGCUGGUGUAUCUGGUCGGCACCGAGCCGGCCAUCAUUCCGGGGCGGGUCAACGUGCUCUACUUUUGGGCCAAGUGGGACAAGGCUGGGUACCCGGUCCACUACGCCGUCCGCGGGCUCAAGCACAAGUACGAGGACUCGAUCCACAUCACAGCCAUCUCGGCUGACCCGCAAGAGGACUAUGCCCGCGGCUUCCUCACCAAGCCUAAGUACGACGCUGUCGCCGCCCCGCUCAAGGAGGCCGGCAUGACGGUGGCGUGGGACGCUGGCAAGGCCGUGGUCGGGGCCAUCAAGGACCUCAUCCAAAAGUCGGUCCUCAACCUUCCGCACGUCUUCCUCAUCGACAAGUUUGGCAAGAUCCGCUGGCACGAGGUCUACCGCCUCAACACUUCCGAGUGCAAGGUCCAGCAUCAGCUGGAGAACCUCCUCAACGGCGUCCCGCUCAUCUCUGUCGGCAACGCGCCCGAGCUUGCUGACGACGACUACUCAGAAGAGGCCGAUCUCGACGUCGAUGACGGUGAGGACUUUGCGCUCUUCUAG